UGCGGACCCACAGGAACCGGAAGUACGUGAUCCGAUUACAAUACUCGAAGUUUGCGGUCGCUCCGUUUUCCGACUUUUCCUUUGUCUCAUAUUUACUUUUGCGGGAUCGAACAUGUGUCUUUAGUCACAUUAGCGGUCGAACAGAUACAUGUUUAAGAAAAUGGCCAAAGAAAAGCGACACAGGAGAAGAGAUUCGCCGGAGCGGGAGAGUAAAGUAAAGAUAAAGCAGGAGAAAGUGAGCCCCGCUAGGCCACAGACAUCCCGACGCUCCCGGUCCAGAUCCAGCGGCACCUCCUCCAGUCCUCAGAGGAGGAGAACCAGCAGGUCCCCGGGCAGGACGAGGGAGCGCUCCCCGAGAAGAGGCAGCGGAUCCCCCAGGAACAGGAGGAGUCCUCAGCGUGGUGGAGCGGAUGUCAAAAUAAAGCGGGAGCGGGAUGAGCAUCGGGCUGGUGGUGGUGCUGGUGAUGAUCGGAGGAGAAGAAACGACCAACCAGAAGAGGGGCGGAGCAGGUGGGAAUCGGACAGACCGCGGGAGAGAGACCGCGGCGGAGACAGACACAGAGAUCGAGAAGCGCUUUCCUCUCAACAAGUUGAGCGACAGCAGCACAAUGAACGUCGCAGGGAAAACCACCAGCGUCGUGCUGAAAACCAGGAACAAGAUUUUGGAGAGUCUGAUGGAGGGAGUGAUGGUGCCAGUGCUGCUCCUGUUGAUAAGGAGAAGCCCAACUUUGGACUGUCGGGGGCGCUCACCGAAGAUACCAACACAUUCCGAGGGGUGGUGAUCAAGUACAACGAGCCCCCCGAGGCUCGGAUUCCCAAGCGCAGAUGGCGACUUUACCCUUUCAAGAAUGAUGAACCCCUUCCGGUCAUGUACGUUCACAGACAGAGUGCCUAUUUGUUGGGGCGGCAGAGAAAAAUUGCUGAUAUCCCCAUUGACCAUCCAUCAUGCUCCAAGCAACAUGCAGUAUUCCAGUAUAGACUGGUGCCGUUUACGCGUGCAGAUGGAACCUCUGGCCGCAGGGUGAGGCCUUACAUCAUUGACCUUGGUUCCGGCAACGGCACCUACCUGAACAACCAGCGUAUCGAUGCCCAGCGCUACUAUGAGCUCAAAGAAAAGGACGUUCUCAAGUUCGGCUUUAGCAGCCGCGAAUACGUCCUCCUGCACGAGUUCUCAGACACGAGCGAGGUGGACUUCAAGCAGGAAGACGAAGAGGAAGAGGACGAAGGCCUCGAUGAGUGAAUUACUCCCAUGGACUGUGUUGCCUCGGUUCAUUCAGGUUAGACCACAUCGUCAUCAAUGUUCAACAAUGAGUUGUUUCUGCAGGGAAAGAAACAAUGAUUUAAAACGUGGGACUUAGUUAGAAAAAUGGAACAGGGCCGGUUUGUGUAUUCUGUAAUUACCGAACUCUUGUAUAAACCUGCCACAACUGUCUCAAAGAAGACUUAUACUCUCAGGUUGUUUGUGCAAUGUCUGUGUGAUGCAUGACUGAUCUCUCAUCUGACAGUGCUCAUAAUUUGUGCUCAGUGCCAGAUGAAGAUAUCUUGCUAGAUACAAUUGUUAAAUUUAUAUUUUUGGAUCUCAGAACUGAGUACGAAGUAUACCUGAAGACUAAACUCUCAUCUGUAUAUGUCAUUGUACAAGAUGAUGUGGAAUGUGAACUUUACAUUCAUGUUUAAUAAGCACUGCUUAUUGCCAGAGAAAACAUACAUACAACUUUUAGUCAUAUUGCCUUUUUGCUUUGUAGUGCAGGGACAAUAGUUGAUGUUGUGUGUAUUUAAAGACUCCCCUUUUAUUUUUGUCUGUUGAGAGGCUCACAGCAUUCAUAGUAAAUUUUCAUUUUUCUACUGUAAAUAAAAAA